CUUUCUCACCCUUUGCUGGCAGGAAGUUGCAGAAGUUACUAGUUUCAGUUUGUGUACGGUCUCUUGGUGCUAGAUUCGCGUUAGCCUUGGGGGGCAUCUCUGUAGACGGGGGUCUUAUCAUGGGGACGUAGGAGACGACAGAACCAUGGCCCAUCCGGAGCCUUCCCCUGCCUUGGUGGCUACGCUCAUUCUAACUCUGGCCUGGGUGUGGGCUGAGGAAUGCUUGGGAGUAGCCCCAAACUCAGAUACCCAACAAAUCCAUGGGAUAGCCCUGGGGAGAAAGAAGAGGGAGCCAAAGUGUCAGGUGGGAGAGUACCUACACUCCAACAGGACCCACUGCUGCAUGAGAUGCCACGCAGGGACUUACUUGGCAGAAGACUGUCAGUCAGACAUUCUUGCGACCCGCUGCAUGCGAUGUCCUAAGGGCACAUUCACGGCUACGGAUAACAUUUUGAGGAAAUGCAUUAGUUGCCAACGGUGCCGUGCAGAAUUACAGCAGAUAACACUGUCUGAGUGCACUGAAAAGAAGGAUACAGUCUGUGGCUGUCAGACCAACCAAUUUCAGAGUGAACUCAAUACUUUAUUCAAAUGUAAGAACUGCAGCCCAUGCCACAACGGGACCAUCCGGCAAAACUGUACAAAGAACAGUGACACGAUCUGUGUAUGUCACCCUGGAUACUUCCUGCACAAAAAUAACUGCAACCCUUGCAGCAGCUGUAAUGAAGAAGAAUGUAAGAAGGACUGUGCCACAGUGCUGAGACCAUCAACUUUCCCCUCAGUGCAGGAUGACUACUGGGGUUCGCAGGGUCAUAUCAUCUUGCUCAUUGGCCUCGUCGUUGUGCUUGCAGCUAGCCUGGGGCUACUCUUUGCAGUUAAAGUGAUCAGGCAAUACCGCCAAAGAGUGACAACUGCUAUCUUUUACUCAUGUGUCUCUACGCAGCAGCCAAAGAAGGAGACAGUAUCUGAAGUUGUAAUGAACGAGAGGAAAGCUGCCACCUUUGCUCCUGUAACACCCCAGAUCGAAAAAAUGUGGACAGCCAAUGCUGUGCCAAGGUCAAUGGUUGAACAGGAGCUACCAGAUUGUGUCAGACCUGCUGGAAAGACUCAACUCCCAGACAACCCUGUUGUUCUCUAUACUGUGGCGGACCAUGUCCUGCUGUCUCGGUGGAAGGAGUUUGUGCGACGCCUGGGGCUGAGUGACUAUGAGAUUGAGCGAAUUGAGCUGGAGCAGCGGCGCGUGCGGGAUGCCCAAUACGAGAUGCUGAGACAGUGGAGGCUGCAGAUGGGCCAGGGUGCCACAGUGGAGCGCAUCAGCUACGUCCUCAACCAGAUGGAGCUGAGUGGUUGCAGCGAGGCUAUCCAGGAGGCGCUGGCCGGGCAGCCCUAACCCCCAUUCUUACCUCCUGCACAGGCAACUCUAACCUCUUCUGCUUUAGUGCUCACUUCUGUAGCUCUGACCUGCCUCUUCAGAGAGGAUUCUAACCCAUUCUGUCUUUCUUGUGCGUCUCCACCUCUUUUCCCCACCCACUCUGAUAUGUUUGUUGGGGUUGGCAGCAGGUGAUGCUGGUGGAAGGUUAAUGAUCACUUUUCAGUAAACCACAAAGUUACUUAUGCCUUCAAACCAGGACAAAGUCCUAGAGCAGCUGCCAUGGGGGAGCACCUCUGAAAGGACAAAACAGAUUGAUUGAUUCUGUGACCAAAACUUGGAGGCCAACAUAUAACACAGAAUCCAACCUCCCAGCCCUGGAAAGGGAACGUCGACUGGGGUCCAGUCAUGGAUGUUCAGGGGUUGGAUGGUGCCACCACAAGAAAGAGGGAGAAGUUAGCUUCCUGUUCCUCUAUUGCUCGAGGGGAGUAAUGGAGUUUCUCAGGUGCUGAUAGGUCAGGUGAGAUUGCUGCUAUUUCUAUAGCUCUUUUCUGCACCUAAAACACAUGUAAAAGAGCAUUAACAAAGUACAUGUAUAUGUGUCACUGUGCAUGGACAAGAGCAAGUGUGCAUGGAUGGGAGUGAGUGUGGCUUUGAAUGUGUUUGCCUGUGUACAUACAUACUGGUUGAGAAUGGAAAAGUGCAUGCACAUAUGGUGGCAUGAGUGCAUCUGCACAUCUCUGCUUACACUCAGGCAAGCCAGGCGUGCGUGACUGUGGCCUCAUAUGUGUAUCUGCCUUUGGAUGAUUUGCUUAAUCUGAUUUAGCUGCAAGUAUGAUGGCAUAUAUUUUGUUAGGGACUUCUGAAUAAUUUCACACUACUUCCCAGUCUCCAUCCCAUGAGCACUCACUGUUACAUUCUUCCAAGUGUUAGCCCUUGUGAGAUGUGGAGUAGCUAAGGGCUCAAAUUAUCCUCAUACCUUUUGAGCAUGCAUUCUCUGUCUCUUGCAGAGGGCCAGGAGGAUUGUUUUUUAAACUCUUGUAAAUACACUAAACGCUCUGAAAUAAAAGCCCAGUUUAUAA